AUGGCGAAAGAAGCAGCAGCUUUGACGGAGGAGACGCAGUACAUGAUAGACAAACAUGUCGGGAAAGACACGGAGAAGGUGGAAUCGACGGGCGACGCUAAAGAAAUGCGAGCGGUCAUCCUGGCAGGUUUCGGAGGUCUAAACAAACUCAGGGUAACCAAGAAGGCGAUGCCUGAGCCUCAGGAUGGUGAAGUGAAGAUACGCGUCAAAGCAUGUGGCUUGAAUUUCUUGGAUCUGAUGGUACGUCAGGGGACUAUUGAUAAUCCUCCGAAGCCUCCCCUUGUCCCUGGGUUUGAAUGCUCUGGAAUAGUUGAGUCAGUCGGUGAAAAGACGACAGGAUUUGAGAUAGGCGACAGAGUUAUGGCUUUUGUCAAUUACAAUGCCUGGGCAGAAGUUGUUUGCACGCCAGUGGAUUUUGUCUACAAGAUGCCAGAGGAAAUGACUUUUGCUGAGGCGGCUGCCUUCUCCCUGAACUUCGUGGCUGCCUAUAUGAUGCUCUUUGAGGUUGCCAAUCUGCGAGAGGGGAUGUCAGUGUUGGUACACUCCGCAGGGGGUGGUGUAGGUCAAGCGGUGGCUCAGCUGUGCUCAACCGUGCCCAAUGUGACCGUGUUUGGGAUCGCCUCGUAUUUCAAACAUGAAGCCAUAAAAGACUCUGUGACUCACCUCUUUGACAGAAACGCUGAUUAUAUACAAGAGGUGAAAAAGAUUUCUCCUGAGGGAGUAGACAUCAUGUUGGACUGCCUGUGUGGGGACAACACAGGGAAAGGCCUGACUCUGCUGAGGCCUUUGGGAACCUACAUACUCUACGGCGCGUCAAACUUGGUAACUGGUGAAACAAAGAGUUUCUUCAGCUUUGCAAAAUCUUGGUGGCAGGUGGAGAAGGUGAACCCUAUUAAACUAUACGAGGAGAACAAAGUCAUAGCGGGAUUCUCGCUCCUCAACCUGCUCUUCAAACACGGGAAAUGUAGUCUUGUGAAAUCAGUGAUGGACAAACUCUUGUGUCUCUAUGACCAAAAGAAGAUCAAGCCGGUUGUGGACUCCCUAUGGGCGCUGGAGGAGGUAAAAGAGGCCAUGCAGAGAAUUCAUGACAGAGGCAACAUAGGAAAACUCAUUCUGGAUGUUGAGAAGUCCCCCACCCCUCUGAUGGCCAGCGACAGCACAGAGACCAGUGAGGCAGGAGAGGAAGAAGAGGAACCAGAGGGAGACAACGACAGCAAGGAGCGAAUGCCUUUCAUCCACUGAACAGGUCUAGAGACUACAGAGGCUGCACAGAUUCACCCGAAGAACACAACCACACACACACAUGUUGUGCAGUAUGUGCGUAUGUAUGUCUGUAUGCAUGAAUGGAUGUAUGUACAGUAUAUGUUUGUGUCUCUUGUCUGAUACCUAUUGUUUGUCAGUUGAUUGGUCAAGCAAACGUUUUAGGUAAACCAAGUCACCCAAGCACCGGUGCAAGUUCUCAAUAUAGUAUUAUAUGGUUUACGUUAUUAUGAAGUCAUGCGAGCCAAUAAUGUAUUAAUUGCAUCUGCCAACGGUUAAUUGACUGAAUAAGCGUUCAAAGCUGCUGACUUGCUAUUAUCACUUUAAGAUUAUUACCCUUAAAAAAUAUUUGCUAAUGCACACAAGUGCCAUUUACUAUAACAAGCUUUACGUUUCACAAUUGUGUUAAUUGAUUCGUAUUAGCUGUAAAACUGAAAGCUAACGAUUUACAUAAGUUUGAGAAAAUGACGAUUCGAAUGUUUUGAUGCUUCUGACGAAGAGAGUGAAUUAACUUCUCAUUAAAACAGUAAGAUGUGAGCCACCAAAGGGUCGAGAGGUUUGUGUGUAGACAUUUGCACGAUAUUGAAUUCCCAGGGGCCAAUCUUGUAUGUUAUGGGAUCACCAGUGCCUUCAAGCUACACAUGAGCGUUUGAUACUUGAAAUGCUUUCUUCAUGGGAAGUUUGCAUUGAACCAACCGACAAAAUAGGUAUUUUUAACUGGAAUCUGAAAAAAUAUGAAUUAAUAACUAUUAAAAACACUUCCGAUCACAUAAUUUGUAAUUAGGUUAAUAUACAGGGCCACAAGAUCUCUGUUUAUGUAGUUAGUUAUUGUUUCCCUCUACAGUGUACAUUCAGAACUUUGAUUAAAAUACAGUAGUACAUUUAUGGACAGGUCACAAACGUGUCUACAAAUAUACUGUAUGUGAAUACAAAAAAACACGAGAUGAAUCAGUGAAUAUAGAAUUUUCUUCAGGGGGUCCAUGAAGUGUUUAGUCAGACUGUUUGUGGAGCUUCUGCUUUGCUUGUCUGAUCAAAGUUGUUUACUCGCUGGUACCUCACAACAAAAGUGCCAUAUGACUCCAACAUGAACUAUUGUUACGAUGAGCUUGUGUUUCAAGGCCGGGCGAUUUUUGUCUGAGCAACGUUGUGUGUUACUUUAUUUAAGUCUGAUGCCCUCUGCUUUACUCGACAUCUUGACCAAGAAUACAUGUUCACACUGACAUAUAUUCAAAUGACUGAUCUGUUUUUAUUUUUAUUUUUUUAUCUUAUCCAAGUAAAACAAAUGAUUGUUUACACUAUUUCUUGGGCCUUGCUUAUUCAAUGUAUUUUAUAUUGAAUUAUUUAUUACUUUACUUGAAUUAUUAAAUUGAAACCAGAAUACAAUUAAACAAGUCUCUCGUAAACAUGCCAUUUUAAUUCAAGUAAAUUAAUGAUCAAUUUACGCUGCAUGCCUUGAAGUUGAAUGAUAAAUGCUGAAGAAACCGUAUUAAUGGGUGUAGACUAGUGAUGAUUUGAGUCAUUUUAGAGGUUGAUUUCUAGACUUGAAUUGAGGAUGACGGAAAUAAUUGUAAUAUUGAUGCCUUUAUUGUCAUGUCUGCUGUGUGUGUGGGUGUUUGUGUGUGUGUGUGUGAGAGAGAAAGAGAGAGAAAGAGAGAGAAAGCAUGUUUUUGAGUGUAUGUAUUUGAUCUGUUUAUUACUGUAGUUUGUUCAAAACCUCCAUUAUAAACUCUGGUUAACCUGUGGUCGUAUAUAUUUUUGUCACUUUUUCUGUUUUGUACUUUCUUUGAGUUAACCUCUGUUUACUUCAUUAAAUGUAUUUGCAAAGCAUGCCUG